CGGACCCCCAGCCUCCUCGGGUCACACUGGACCCCUGUCAGUGGACAGCCAGGUCUCAGAGGGACGCGGGGACGGACACCGAGCUGGACGUUCUUCUCGUGUGCAGGGAGACGACAUGAAGCUGCGCCUCGGCCUGGUCCUGCUGCUGUGCUCCGGGAUGCUGCAUGUUGGUUCUGGACUUCGCUGCUACAGGUGCUCUGACUACACCGGGCGCUGUGAGAACGUGCAGGAGUGCACGUUUGAGGACUCGUGCAUCUCUCUGAGCGAAAGAGGUGGGAAGACGAUCCGUCAGUGCAUCAGGUACACGGACUGCGACAUCUCCCGCCUCACCCAGAUGUUUCCGUCCGUCUCCAGCUUCACCUACAGAUGCUGCAACAGCAACCUGUGUAACUCGGGCUCCCCGCUGGCUGCAGCAGCGCCGCUCCUGGCCCUGAUGGGGUCCCUGCUGAGCACCUGGGGGUUCUGGUUCUGAACUCCCCCGGGAUCAUAGAUUUUAAUCCUAACAGAAACUAAUCUGAGUUCAGGAUCUUUUUGUUUCUCAGGUCUCAGAAAAAAAAAAUCAUUUUUAUCAAGUUUUUACUAAUUUUCAAACUGAUGUUUUACAAAUUUAUAAUAAACACAUAAAUAAACACACAA